AUGGCAGACACAAGCGAUAUUCCUGAUCAAAGGCAACCUCCUGUAGUGGCUGCUGCAGAGCCUGCCAUUGUUGAGCCUGCCGUUGUUUUACGUUCUGAAAUUGAAAAUCACGACACUGUCAACAACCAAGUUACAACUAAUAACAUACUAGAUCCAACACCCCAUACCAUUGCAACCAAACUUAGUCAUGUCACAACAGACGCUGAUGAGGUCUCGAAUGAAUCUCUAGUCGUUGGGGAGGAUGUAGCAUCAAACAUCAACCAAUCACAUGUUGAGCCUACACCACAUAGUACCGUUGAGAACACGUCUACUGAUGUUCAGAUGAAGUCUGCAAUAAAUGACCUUGUCGAGAACACCUCUACAGCCAGUCCAUCGACGUCUGGAAUUGAUGAUCGUGUCAAGGACACCGCUGAUGACCAAGAGACGUCUGCUGCCCUUCCUGUGGCCUCGGCGUCAAUUGAGACUCCUAUGGAAUCCGCAACGACAAUACCAAUAAGCAAUCAAUCUGCAGAUGUGCCGUUGCCUAUCGAAGCUCGAUCCAGGCAACCGACUUCACCUGAAAGCUCCUAUGAACUGAAGGCAAUGUCAUUCUCAAAAGGAAGUCAAGCGUAUCAGCUAAAGCUGGUUACUCAGAAUUUGAAUGGGCCGUGUCCUUUGAUUGCACUCGCAAACGUACUGAUUUUACGUGGUGAAAUCAAACUCCGGCCAGAAAUGGAACAUGUAUCGUAUCAGUAUCUCGUAGAAUUGAUCGCCGACUUGCUACUUCGAAAGGGGCCUGGGUCGGUAGAACCAGUACCGCACAAGUUCGAAAGUUUAGAUCCAGUGCUUCAGCAGCAACGUGAAGAAAUGUUGGCAAACUUCAGCCAGAACUUACACGACGUGAUUGAUUUGCUGCCUUCCCUUCAAUAUGGACUGGACGUAAACGUCAGAUUCGGCUCCACCAAAUCCUUCGAAUUAACACCCGCUUUACUUGUCUUUGACUUGUUGGAUGUCGACCUGGUCCACGGUUGGCUGGUAGAUCCUCAAGAUACAGAGACAUAUUAUCACGUCGUCACUUCUUGCGGGUCUUACAACAAACUUGUAGAUGCGAUCAUUACCAAGGACGAGCUUGAAGAAGAUAUGAUCAAGUCGCUAAAGAAAUCAAACUCGCCUCCUCAUGAUAACGAACCAAUAGAGACACUCGAUGAAUGGGAGAAUAUCGGUCAUGACGAAUCAGCACAACCAAGUUCUUCGAAUUCAGUGCCAAGUAAUGCUUUACCGAAGAAGCAUGACAAGGAAGAGUUGAUACAUCGAGGCAUUGUUUGUUCAGAUUUUUUGAAUCAAACGGCGAGCCAAUUGACAGUAUUCGGACUCCAUUCGCUGUCAGAGUCUCUCAAACCCGACUCGGUUGCUGUAUUCUUCAGAAAUAAUCACUUUCACACAAUACUCAAACGUAAAGAUGGUGGACUAUUCACUUUGGUGACGGAUCAAGGGUUUUCACGAACCAGUGGUGUAGUCUGGGAGUCCUUGAGUGACGUGGGAGGGGAUUCUAUAUUUGUUGAUGCUGACUUCCGAAAGUAUCAUCCACCACCACCAGCUCCUGUUGCAUCGUCAAACGUGCCAGCUCGUACCGUGAGUAAUGCUGCACCUCAAGCAUCGACUGGAAUGGGAGACCCAAGAGAUUAUGGAGACCUCCAAGACUCACUACGAGCUGCAGCAAAUGAAAGUGUUCAACAUACUGAAGAGGAAGAUCUGGCUUUAGCUAUCGCUAUGCAGGAAGAAGAGAAUGAGCGUCAUCAACGCUUCUUAUAUGAUCAGGAGACGUCUCGACAACAAUUACAACAACAGCAGCAGCAAAACCAACAACAACAUCAACAGCGUCCAACUGUACCAUCACAGAUACCCACUCUACGACCACCAACACAACAACAACAACAACAACAACAACAACAACAGCAACAACAACCCUCUUACGCUCGAAUUACUGCCGGUAGUAAUAGCAGUGGUGGUAACAGUGGUAAUAGUAGCAGUAGUCACCAAAAGGACAAAUGUUUGAUAAUGUAG